AUGGCUGAAGCAUUCAAAUCUACUAUUACUAGAAGUGCUGAAUUAGGAGAUCCUGCAUUUUCAAAAAUACCACAGCUCAUAAAGAACGUAUCAAAGAAAUCAUUUCCUCGUGCUAAUCUUUCUGAAGCUCAUAUAUGGAUACCAAAUCAUUAUGAUUCAGAGUAUGCUAUACUCGAAGAUCAUGGUACAACUCAUAUUUCUGUUGUAGAUGCUAAUGAGAUAGCCAUUAGUAGGCUGCCGCACUUAAUCAUUUCUGGGGUUCUCAAGUUAUGGAUUCAAAUAUUUGGAUCUUUGUUUAAUGAUCAAAUGGAUGAUUUCACAAUUCCUAUACUACCAACAAUUGAAAGAUUCUGGCCUACUCCUCAUAAUUUUCCUGCACCAGGUAAAAAACCAAUGUUAUCAACUUGUUCUACAAUAAUUAAAAGACCUGAUGGAAGGUUUGAAAUGGCUAGUAGUGUAAGAUUAACAAUAAUAAAAUUUUGGUGA